UAUCUUGCAGCCCCUCUGCAGGCAGCAGAGGAAGAAGCGGUGGUCUGUGAGGUUUGGCUAACCAGAAACAAAACCAGCUGCAGAGUAGUUUUUGAGAUGGAGGUGGCUCAACACCAAAAGCAGCCGGAGAAUGAGCCUCUAAAAUCGGACCUUAUGCAGAAGAGUGCAGAGUGUGCUAAGGAAAUGAAAGAGCUGAGACACGAUGUUUCUGUUCAGCACCCGGACAUCAGCCACAGGGUGGAUCAGAACAACCUGGGAUCUCCCAAAAUUAAACAGGAGAAGGAUUUCUGUUCCAGUCAAGAUAAUGAGGCUGGCAUUAUAGAGUUCCAGUUCAGUCCUAUCCGUGUGAAAAGUGAUGAUGACGAUAGUGAGGAUAACAAUCAGUCCUCGCAGCUUCUUCAAAAGCAAAGUGAGGAGAAUGAAGAGGCGGAGCCUGUAGCCGGCAGCUCAGCUGAACCCAGCACGAAAGAAGGUGCUGGAAAAAGGUCUGGAGUACUAAAACCCACCAGAAACUCAAAUCCCGAUGGUCACUUACAACCCUCUACUAUUGACAAAACUUCAGACUCUAUUAAACAGGAGAGUGAAGAUGGUGAUGAUGGUGCUAAAACUGUUACAUUGAAGCAGAGCAAACGUCAGGCAGCGUUAAAAACUCUGAGAAAGCCCACAGUGCGUGACAAGGACUCCAAUGCUGAGAAGAAAACUUUUUCCUGCGUGGAUUGUGGGGCUACUUUCAACAGCGACCGCAGCCUGUGCAGACACAGGGUUUGUCACAAAGGAGCGAUCUACACUUGCGCCGUGUGCGGAAAAAGUUUUACAUACAGAGGAUAUUUGACCCAGCACAUGUUGGUUCAUACAGAGGAGAAGCGAUUCACGUGCAAUGUUUGUCAGAGAAGCUUUACUUGGCAUAAUCAGCUGAAAAGUCAUCAGUGUGGAGCACCAGAUCCAGCCAGCGAGUCUGACCCAGAUAGACGUCUACAACCUGCCUGGAUCUUAGUGCCCGUUAGUGACAACAGCAGCAUACCGCUGUAUAGCUGCACAGAGUGUGGGAGGCGUUUUGACCGCAAACACAGCCUAAGCAGACACAUGAGGACUCACACAGGAGAGAAACCAUUCAGUUGUCCAUUUUGCAGCAAAAGAUUUACACAGGUAGGGCACGUGACCCAGCAUGUGAGGAUCCACACAGGCGAGAAACCGUUUAACUGCAGUAUCUGUGGCAAAAAAUUCACCUGGCAAGCCCAGCUGAAAGGCCAUCAGUGCAUCGGAGAGUCCUCAGACCAAACUGAAGACGGCAACGAUGGCGACGGCAUUUCAAGGAAAAGUCAGUCAGGUGUAAACUCUGUGAAAAAUAAAGGCUCUGCCAAUACCAAAUCAUAUAUGUGUUCAGUCUGCGGCAAAACGUUUGGCCACAGCUCGAAUCUUUACAAACACAUCAGAAUCCACACGGGAGAGAAACCUUUCAAAUGUGUAGUGUGUGGUAAAGCAUUUAGCAGGAAAUAUUUCUUGCAAGAGCACACAAGAAUCCACACUGGGGAGAAGGCCUUCAGCUGCUCGCUCUGUAACAAACGCUUCACGCGAAAAACGGCACUGGUCAUCCACAUGAGGAUCCACACCGGAGAGAAACCAUUCAGCUGCUGCCUUUGUGAAAAGAGAUUCAGUCAGUCUUCAACCUUAAAGGCUCACAUAAAAAUCCACACAGGAGAAAAACCAUACACCUGCUCCGUGUGUAACAAAAGCUUUCAUCAGAAAUCUAAUUUGGUUACUCAUGCACGAAAGCACGCACAUAGCGAGUUCGAGCCUAGCUUUUCUCUGCUCCCCCAGCCGGACCUCUAACAGCUUGAGCUUACUCUCUACAUGCAUCAUGUGUCCCAACAGGAUGAGAAAUGUCUCAUCAGCUGCGCUGUUUCUGGAGGAUAACGUGUCGAUUGGAGAAGGCCACCAGGUUUUAACUUCCACAUCUAAAACAAAGACCCACUUAGUAUAAGACUGUUUCCCUUUGAAGGAUAAGUUCACUUUUUCAACUCUAGUCAUGUUAACACAUUAUUAACCACCAAGUGUCUGAGUGCUGUACUUAUCUUUGAUGAUUGCUUUGUUUGUGAGAAAUCCUUCUUUGAAAAAUUAUUUUGAAAUGUUAAUGCACAAAGCAAAACAUGAGGGUAGCUGCCCCAGGCAGGGACACUG